ACUCCGCAGGAGCCCGCGCCAGAGGUGCCCACUGAGGACUGCCCCGCAGAGCCCGGCCCGGCUGCCUGGCACCCGGCACCCGACGGGGAGCACAGCCCCCAGGAGCCUCCGGCCCCCCUGAGCCCUGCCGCACCCUGCCCGGAGCCAGGGACCUCCCCAGAGAGCGGGUCCCCCUCUCCCAUGUCAGCUGGGUCCCCUCCCUCCUCCUUCAGCUCCUCGGAUGAGGAGCUGGAGGAAGAGCUGCUGGGGGUCAUGCCUGGGCGGGCGCCCGCCAGUGCCACCUGUGGUGCUCUGGACUGGUCUGUCUUCGACAAGGACCACGACCUCUUCCCGCGGGGAGGCUCCUCGCACUUCGAGUUCCCGGACUAUUGCACGCCCGAGGUGACGGAGAUGAUAGCGGGGGACUGGCUCAUGUCCAGCAUCUCGGACUUGGUCUUUACCUACUGA